AUGGAUGAAAUAAGCCCAGACGUUCUAAAACUCUACGACAACCUAAAACAUGAUGCGGCGUGCUAUGGAUUGCCAUAUGGAUAUUUCGGGAUAGUCUGUUGGGCGUCGACCCUCGUCUCCAUGAUCUUAACAUACGUGAAUUGUCCCUUGUUCUCACCAACAAAGUGGUGUAAACCUUACAAAAGACAAAAACCAUCAAUGAUGGCAUUCUCGGCUGCCAUGACAGUAGGACCGGUCAUCUAUACAUGCAUCCGUUGUAAGGGAGAAUGGAUGUCAAUAUUUAUGGCCUUUGGACAACUCACACCAUGGAGUCUCAAGUUAAUUAACGAUUGUUAUGUUACCAAGAUAGGAGAUGAAACGGAGUCGAAAUACCGCCUGAUCGGAUUCGCGAUGACAAUCAUCCUUUACCUUGCUGGUUGGAUAGGGUUUGAAAUCGCGCUACUUAAACCAUCAGAUCGGAACAAUACGUUAAUCAUAUCGAUCACGGUGAUAGUAAUGGUAAUAUCACUGUUAUGUUACACGGCAUGCUGGUCAUGUAUAUCCAAUUGUUUAAACAAUUGUUGCUCCUUUGUGUUGUUAUACAUUUUAAUGACUUCUCAUAUCGUAGCAUCACAUCUAGUUCUUGCUGUUAUUAACAAAAAUAUGAUGGGAGUUCCUCCCGAUUGGUAUGGGCAAGUUUCAGCGGUUGUUUUCUUUAUAGGCAAACGCCUGCUGUUUCUAGAUUUUUAG